GGAGGCAGCAGCAGCGGAGCCCGGCACCUGGAGACAUGUCCCCCGCAGGCAGAAGAGAGCUGACCCUGCUCCUGGGAGCCCUGAGCCUGCUCUGUAUGGCCCGGAGCACCCCGGCCAGAGCCCGACCCCGUCCAGAUAUAUUCUGUAUAUUUCAUGGGAAGAAGUACGGCCCAGGAGAAAGCUGGCAUCCUUACCUCGAACCUCAAGGAGUGGUGUAUUGCAUACGUUGCACAUGUUCCGAGCAGGGCGGCAGUGUCAGCUGCUACCGAAUAAAGUGUCCCGUCCUGCACUGUGUGCACACUGUCACGGACCCUCAGCAGUGCUGCCCCCGAUGUGUAGAGACGCACUCCCCCUCCGGUCUGCGGGCCCCCCCGAAGGUUUGUCAGCACAACGGGACGACGUACCAGCAGGGUGAGAUGUUCACCACCCAGGAGCUGUUCCCGUCCCGACAGUCCAACCAGUGCGUGCAGUGCAGCUGUUCGGACGGGCAGAUCUACUGUGGUCUGGUGACCUGUCCGGAGCUGGUCUGCUCUUCACCGCUGACCGUACCAGACUCCUGCUGUCCAGUGUGCAGAGACGGCUCGUACGAUCGCUCGCUGGAGGAGGAGCCGCUGCAGCUAAACAGAGGUGUGAGACAUUCCCAGGACCAGUGUCUGACCGAGCUGCUGAAUAAGAAGACCCCGGGGGCCACAGAGUCCACGAUUGUCAGCUCCUCGCUGGGGUUCAAUCCCCGCAGCUUCAAGCAGAAAGGAGGGGGCGGGGGGACGACGGUGAAGAUACUGAUGAAGGAGAAGCAUAAGAAAGCCUGUGUCUACAAUGGGAAGACGUAUUCUCACGGUGAGGUCUGGCAUCCCGUCUUCCGAAAUUUUGGAGCGAUCCCGUGUAUCCUGUGCACGUGUAAAGAUGGAAACCAAGACUGUCAGCGGGUCACCUGUCCUGAGGAGUAUCCCUGCGACUAUCCCGAGAAGGUGGAAGGAAAGUGCUGCAAGGUCUGCCAGGCUGAUAAAGUGAAGCCGACAGCCGAGGUCGUCGCCACCCGGUGUGUGAAGAACCCCAGCAAGAUCCUGGUCUACAUGUACAUGUCCCCCAUCUCCGGGACACAGAAAGAGAACCUCCGAAAAAUCGCCAUCGAGAAGGAAGCCGCAGAGGACGUGGAGAUUUAUGUCUGGAAGAUGGUGAAAGGGAUUUUCCACUUAAUCCAGAUUAAAAAAGUAGCAAAACAGGACUUUAAGGAAGAAUCUGAACAUUUCCGUCUGGUGACCAGGACGAGUGAAGGUCAGUGGAACAUCUUCAGGCCUCAGCCUCCCGACCUGAACAUGACGGAGGUCGUCGAGAUACAGUCGGGGGCGUUGUAGUGAGAAUCCGACCCUCCUUCAACCAGAAGUCUGAAAAUAAAGAGACGAAAAAAAAUAAAAAUGAAAACUUUCUUGCCAAAAAACAUUACCUAACCUGAUCUUCAGGGGGUGGGACCUUGGGGGAGAUGGCCAGAACUCCAUAGAAUCUUCUAUCUGUCCUGACACCGGAUCAUCCUGAUCCGAGACUGUGGUGGAGGCGGCUUCUGUGGGAGGAAGAGGAAGGUCUUACCCGAAAC